GGGGCUGGGGCGGAAAGCCGCAAACCGGUGCCAGGGCCUUUCGGCCGGGAGGCGAGACAAGCAGGCGAAGUUGAUGCCCGGCGGCGGGGUGAGCACGGCGUCUGGCCGGCUCCACUCUGCAGCGGAUCCAAGAGGAGCGCGGGAAGCGGCCGCGACGUUCCGGAGCGGCCCCGCGGGCUCGAGCGGAGGCCGAGGCGGAGCAGGUGGCUCCGGGCCAGGGAGUGGAGGCCCCGGGGUCCCCGCGGGCAGGAUGAGCCUGACCCCGAAGGAACUCUCGAGCCUGCUCAGCAUCAUCUCCGAGGAGGCGGGCGGCGGCAGCACCUUCGAGGGCCUGUCCACAGCCUUCCACCACUACUUCAGCAAGGCCGACCACUUCCGCCUGGGCUCGGUGUUGGUGAUGCUGCUGCAGCAGCCGGACCUGCUGCCCAGCGCGGCGCAGCGCCUCACGGCCCUCUACCUGCUCUGGGAGAUGUACCGCACCGAGCCGCUCGCCGCCAACCCCUUCGCGGCCAGCUUCGCGCAUCUGCUCAACCCCGCGCCGCCCGCCCGCGGCGGACAGGAGCCCGACCGGCCCCCGCUCUCAGGGUUUUUGCCUCCUAUAACUCCACCAGAAAAGUUUUUUCUUUCCCAGCUGAUGCUGGCACCCCCAAGGGAACUCUUCAAAAAGACACCUCGCCAGAUCGCCUUGAUGGAUGUUGGAAACAUGGGGCAGUCCGUGGACAUUAGCGGCCUUCAGUUAGCUUUGGCAGAACGUCAGUCUGAACUGCCAACCCAGAGUAAAGCUAGCUUCCCAAGUAUCCUCAGUGACCCAGACCCGGAUUCCUCUAACUCUGGAUUUGACAGCUCUGUUGCCUCUCGGAUCACAGAGUCUUUAGUUAGUGGACCAAAACCACCUAUUGAAAGCCACUUCCGACCAGAGUUCAUCCGCCCACCACCACCUCUGCACAUUUGUGAGGAUGAACUGGCCUGGCUAAAUCCUACAGAACCCGAGCAUGCCAUUCAGUGGGAUAAAUCAAUGUGUGUAAAGAAUAGCACUGGUGUGGAGAUCAAGCGAAUCAUGGCCAAAGCCUUCAAAAGCCCUUUAUCUUCUCCCCAACAAACCCAGCUCCUUGGUGAGCUGGAAAAAGAUCCCAAACUUGUUUAUCAUAUUGGCCUUACUCCAGCGAAACUUCCAGACCUCGUGGAGAACAACCCUUUAGUUGCUAUAGAGAUGCUGCUGAAGCUAAUGCAGUCGAGCCAGAUCACGGAGUAUUUUUCUGUCCUGGUCAACAUGGAUAUGUCCUUACAUUCAAUGGAGGUCGUAAAUCGACUAACUACAGCUGUUGAUCUACCUCCUGAAUUCAUUCACCUUUACAUAUCAAACUGCAUCUCUACUUGUGAACAAAUUAAGGAUAAAUAUAUGCAGAAUCGCCUGGUGCGUCUUGUAUGUGUGUUUCUCCAGUCGUUGAUCCGUAACAAAAUUAUUAACGUGCAGGACUUGUUUAUAGAGGUACAGGCCUUCUGUAUUGAAUUUAGUAGGAUACGGGAAGCUGCAGGCCUAUUCCGGUUGCUGAAGACACUGGAUACUGGGGAAACCCCUUCAGAGACCAAAAUAUCAAAAUAAUACCUCACCAGAACUUUCCCUUCUGUUGCUCAACUGUAUUUGGAUUGGUUUUUAAAACUGUUGAACUCUUGAGUGGAUUGCUUGCUUUAUCUAAGAAAUAUAAAUGACACUAUUUACUUAAGCAAAAUUUCCUUUUUCUUAGAGGAGUUUCCCAUGGGUGAAUUUUGGUAAGAACUUGGGGAAAUGUAUUUUUUAACUCUCUUGCUGAUGACAAUCCAUAGGAGAAAUAAUUAUUCUCAAAAGUUAUUGUAGGAAAGGAAGUGCAGGUGUUUUGCUUUUUUUUUUUUAGUUUAAAACAAAGUACCCACUUUUUUUCUAGAAGAGUAACCUAAAAGCCAAAUAUUGUCCUUUGUAGCUUCUAGUACAAAACAUGUUCAAUGAGAGUAAGUGAAGACACUGAGAAUUCAUGGUCCAGUCUGUGCUCAGAGCAGCUGAGUGUAGUUAUUAAGCAGAGUCUGAACCAAGGACUUAACAAUUCAAGGUUUCUCUGUGCAGCUUUGGCUGUCCUGGAAUUCGACCAGGCUAGCCUCAAAUUCAAGAAAGCCACGUGCCGGGCGGUGGUGGCGCAUGCCUUUAAUCCCAGCACUUGGGAGGCAGAGGCAGGUGGAUCUCUGAGUUCGAGACCAGCCUGGUCUAUAAGAGCUAGUUCCAGGACAGGCUCCAAAACCACAGAGAAACCCUGUCUCAAAAAACCAGAAAAAAAAAAAAAAAAGAUUAAAAGUAUAAUCCUGGUCAGCAUACACUUCUAACAAACAUGGGCACUCUCAUGCAAGGACCUUUUGCUAGGCUGUAAUAGCUGGAACUUUAUCAAUGGUAGCCUAAAAUGGGCAUGUUUUCUGUUUUAUAGUUUUCUGGUAUACCAGAAGGGUGUACCCUAGAUGCCUGUUUGGUGGGGAGAUAAAGGUCAGUGUUUAAGACAGUGGUGCCCUAGACAGGGUCUGUCUAUGGAGCCCUGACUGUCCUGGAGUUCUCGCUAUAAGGACUAGGCUGGCCUAGAAUUUAGAGAUCCUCCUGCCUCUGCCUGCUAAAGGUGUGUGCCACCACAUCCAACUGUUAUUUUUUUUAACAUCUAACUUUGACAUGCCUUUUUAUUUAGAGAAAUUAUGAUUUCUAGAAUAGAUUUAUAGGGAUAGAAUCUGUUCUCCAACAUUUGGCAAGAGUUUAAGGAAGCCAAGCUUGGUGAUUUUGUUUUAUUUUACAAAUUACUGUUCUGACAGUGGGAAAGGAACAGAAACUCCAGAUGUUUGAUACAUUCUUAUUCUUAGGAUUAGAGGAAUGGGCCUUGAGCCCAUGUAGGAGUGACCCACAUCUGAACUAAACAGGUGACUUCUCUCAAUGCCCCAAAGUGGCCACCACCAUUUUGAAGAUGGCACUUGGGAAACACUGUUUUAAAGUGACAAGUUUCGAAGACUCACUGUGGGAAACAGCUUUAUAGCUGAUAUGCAUGUCUAACCUCUAGCUAGCCCAGGGUAGCUCUAGCUGUAGCCCAACGCAAAAUUGAAAACUUAAAAUAGCAUUUCAAGGAUGGUGUGUGUGCAUUUUUAAAGAUUGUGUGGUUCUUGAGUGUGAACAAGUGUCCUGUCAACAUGUCAAAAGGAUGGUUGCAUGAGUUUAGGAAAAUAACAUUUAACCUGUAGCCAACAAGGACAGAACUGAGACCCGUGAAUAUAUGCCUAAAACUUAUUAACAUAUAAAAGCUGUCAGUCUUGUUAAGCUGACACCAGAUAAAGAUAAUUCACCACAUUCAUUUUAAUGUAACUUCCAAGACAAAUGCAAUGAUCCCCACCCUGCUAAGGUACAAGUUUGGAAGGGACCCUUGCAGUGAGAGCUGCAACAAAAGACACAAGCAACUCAAAAAUUUGUGCACAUCAGAAGACAAGCUGUGUUGUGGCACACAAAGGAGAAAUCAAGUGUCCAUAAGUAAAAUUCUCAAAUACAGACCCUACAAUGAGGAGGUCAAGAUCACAAUCGUGGGUCUCACUAGGAAAACAGACUAUAAAGAGUAGCUGUGGUUGGUGAACAUUAGAUGUACAUAAAGUUGGUAGUACCACUAGAUUACUCUAGGUUUAGCAUGUUUACACUAGGUACACACCCUGGUUAAGCCCUGUCGUCCCAGCUAUCUGGGACUACUGACAGGAUUGUGUAAACAUGGAAAAUUAAAGCCAGCCUGGGCCACAAGUUACCUAUCAUCUCCAAAAAAGGAAGUAGUUAUAAUCUUAAGUGAGACUGAAUAACCACAAUCAACUUUUAAGUGUAAUUAAAUGAGUUUAAUUUAACAUAGGUU